GUCAAGGCAACAGCCAACGGUCACACUGGCAUACUUUUAUUUAUUUUGCACGCAAUUAAACGAGAAACAUAUUGUCUGUGAUCAAAUUAGCCUAGUUAGAGCAGCAAAAACAAAGGAAAAGAGCCAAAGAUGAGCAGCCAGCGGGGCAAUGUGAGUCGCACACGUGCGCAGAAGCACAAGAAUCGGCAUGUUUUCAAGAACGACCUGCACGACAAGACGCCCCAGCAGAUCCGCCUGAAUGCAAUGCACGUGUCCACCGUGUGCCAGCGGUGCAAGGAGCAGAUCGAGUGGAAGAUCAAGUACAAGAAGUACAAGCCGCUGUCGCAGGCCAAGACCUGUGCGCACUGCAAGGAGCGGACGGUGAAGAAGGCCUACCAUGUGGUCUGCCGCGACUGCGCCAUCAAGGCGCACGUCUGCGCCAAGUGCCUCAAGAGCGCCGACGAAGUGGCCAUCGAGGAGGCCCAGCCCACGCCGCGCGAGGAGCAGCAGCUGCAGGCGGAGAUGGACCGCCUGGUCAAGUCCUUCUCGGAGCGCAAGCGGCGCGCCUUCCUGCGCUACAUGAAGAAGGGCAAGAAGCAGCCGGCGGCGGCCGAGGAUGAGCUGGACGAGGAGCAGCUGGAGACACAGGAGAAGGCCAAACGGGUGGCGCACACACGCGACGAGCUGCUGGACAAGAUCAAGCAGCUGAAUCUCGCUGGCGAGGAUGACGAGGACGAAGAUGACUCGGAUUUCGAUUCGGAAGAGGAUGACGACUCUGAGUUCGAUUCCGAGGAGGAGGAGGAUGAAAGCGAGGAGGAGGAGCCACAGAAACCUGUUCCUGAAAAGCCCACCAAGGCGAAAUAAACACUUUUUUUUCUAAACCUAAUCGAUUUGUUUAAAAAGUUGAAGACCAAUUCAACCAAGAGCAAUAUGUAACUUGAAGUUUGAUUCCGAGAAGAUCUUUGUUGAAACAGUCAAAGAACUCUUCAAGCCAAAGCUAAUCUAAUAGUUAGAUUACCUUACUCAUUGCUAACCAGGUUGAAUGAAUGCCCCAAAACAAGUCCAAACUGCUAUGUCUAAAAGAAAAGGACAAAAAGUUCUAGGAGAAAGAUGAUAGCCUGGAGAAAUAAACCAAUGUUUUAAAUUUAAUUUUUUCUUUGCUGUUAAUAGAAAGGAGAUUCCGUUCAGAAAGUAAUUGUAAAUUGAAUAAAAGAUAAAUCAGUAAUAGAAUAGCUAA